UCACAGCCCCUCCUUCUUACCUGCACAGCAUCUUGUCUUGUAUUCAGAGUCUCUUGUAUUCAGUUCUCCUAGUGUUCAAUGGCUGCCCUACAGUCCCUCGGGUUCCAGACCCAGGACAGUAUACCAAAGGAGCUCCUCCCAUACCACACCUACUUCAGCUCAAUGGUUCUCUGUGUCUAUGAUAAUAUACUGGGGCCAACACUACUCAAGGUCUGGCUGAGUGCUCCAUUGACAGGACCAGAACUACCACAGGCACAGUCACCUCUUUACUCAUCACUGUCUGUCAGCAGCAACUAUGAGAAGAUUGUCCAACCUGAAGCCCCCAGCAUGGAUCAGCUGAUAUUGAUAUCAAGUUACGUCAUUAAAGAUGAAGCUUGCAGGGAAGACAAAAUAAAUGGAAUUGAAACAAAAUUCUAUGCACUAGAGAAGUUUGAUCUAAUAGCCAGUUCCUUCAUAUUCAGGGCCCCACUGAGAGGAGGGAAAAUGGCUCUUUUUGCAUUUUAUGUGACACUACCUUAUAAGGAAUUGGCUGAAUUCAUGCCGCGAUACUCACUGUGUGAAGACAAGAUAAGAUCAAUACUGAAGAAACAAAUCAUCAAUAAAAUGGAAGAAAAGAAGUAUGAGAGGCCAGUGAAAGGAUUAAUCGGAGAACAAGUUGAAGAGUUUUUGUGUGAUUUCUCUCACAAGUUGCAAGGACUGUCCCAGGUGAUGCUCUCAGUUAGAUAUGAGAGCAUACCACUGGACAUAACUGUUGACGACACUAUUCUUGGAUUUGAAAACUCAAAAUUGAAAGGAUGGAUUGACUUUUUAUCAGAAGCAAUCACCUGUCACCUACAGAUUGGAGGUCACACUGUUAUAUUUGGAGAAGAUAAAGACAUCAUAAUGAAGAUGUUAAAUACACUUGCUCUGUUCCUGUCACCUAAAGAGCGUAAGAUGUCACGGAUUGUUCCUCAAUCAAAGAGUGAGGGAAAAAGAUACAUACCAAACCUCUUCUUACAGGGAUACGUGAAGAAGCCUGAUGGAUCGUUCCCUUUUCCUCUUGAUUAUUUGUGGAAGAGUAAGUUUCCAUCAACAGUGAUAGACAUGGACAAGAACAAGAUCUACACUAAUGAAUCAACAGUUCCUGUAUACUUGAGAAGAAAGCAUGAGAAUAAUUCAGCAAAUACCAACGGAUACGCUAAAACACUUGAUGACCUGCUUCCAUUUGAGAAAGGAAAAGUAUCUCAUACUGUGAAGGACUUCAUUAGACAAAUAAUGCUGUUACCAAUGUCUGAUGGUUCAAGGGACCUCUUCAUUGAUCAGUUCAUGAGGUUACUGCAGCUAAAGGCAAUCACUGCUUGCAAGUAUAUUGAAGCUGAAAUAGAGACUGCUGUUACUGCUACAGAUUCUUCCAGUGGUACAGUCUGGCAUGUGAAAGGUGAAGACACAAUGCCCAAAGUUAAUAAGGAUAUACUAAUGAAGGAGCUUGGUUUGGGUGAGUCACCGAUGGAUCUAUCAGUGAUACUUUGUUUUGCUGAGAAAAUACGACCCAAUUCCUACAAAGACGUACUAGGAGACCCACAGAAAGACAUUGAACACAUACUAACUGAUCUAGAGUUUGUAUAACUAUAAAAGGGAAAUAUUUCAACUAUUGUAUUACUACUGUGUGUCCUAUACUAACUACUAAUAAGUAUCAGUCAUUUUUAAAUUGUUCA